CCUCACAAACGUUGUUUCUGACCCCCGAAUCCGCGUGUCCUGUGUGUGUUCCUACACCUGCUCGAUUGUAACUGUGGAGCACAGUUGAACUCACUUCAUAUACCGCCACAUAGACUCCAUCGAUUCCCAGAAGUCUGGUCCAGCCAACAAUGCCCCAAAUACCUCUCGCACAUUCCAAGUUUACUCUCAAUACCUCCGGAGUGGCAGGUUUUUUCGGUGGCGAUGAAGCUGUUUCCGCAAUGGCAACUGUACACAUGUAUGAAGGAAGAAAAUGGCUGGGGUGGUACAACUCGCCAGGAUCGUACCUAGUCGCCAAGAGAUAUGGCCAACUCGCCAACUCACGUUUCUGGGAUGGUCUGUUCCCAGGUGUCAACACUGACCCCGCUACCCUCUUCGAACUAGAUGGGUGGAAGGGCCCAGCAUUCCAGGGUGUCCAGUCUGGGUCGAUGAUGUCAGAAACUGGCCACGUUGCUGCUUUGAUGGCAAAGGAAUGCCAGUCAAGGAAGGGCAUUGAAGUGGAUGGGAGAAAAACGCAGCCUGUUGGGGUUACAAUUAUCGACCUCCACCACGUUCCUGAAGCAACCGUGGAACCAAAGCAGCUCAGGAAAUACACCAGCGUGUUCGCUCUCAUUCCCAUCUUGGUGUCCAUCAGCACCUGCGUCGUGUGCGCUGUCUUCCAAGACUGGUACUCUUUCAGCAUGAUCCUGCUCGGAAUCAUCACAAGCGGGAUAUCAUGUUUGGUCAUUGGCUCCGGAAAAUUCACAUUCUAUCAUCCUGACCCAGCUCCAGGAGCGCCGCCAGAGUACAGAAAUAUUGGGAUAUGUUCGUUGCUCCUCACGACACAAUUUAUCGCACAACUGCUGCUUAUACCACAGGGCACGAUCUUCGGACAGAUCAUGUUCGUAACAUCGCUCGCCGUCUCUUGGGCGUACAACUCCUGGUUGUCAUCGCUGGAUAAGGAAGAGAUUCAACGAAAGCUACUGCUGGAUGUGGUCCUCAAGCGGCCCUCAUUGAGAAAAUUCUUGUUGGGCACGCGCACCACCAUGGCAGUCUUCGUUCUGCUGGCGCUGAAACCAUUGCAUCCAGACAAGGUACUGGAUGAUAUUCUCCCUAAUGAUACCAAAGUGUGGAAGAGGUGGAAGACGACCAUUUUGUCAAGAAUAGAGCAGGGAUAUGAAAUGAAUUUUGAAUUGGCCGAUUGGCACGAUGAAAGCUUUGACGAACAGGAGAGCACUCUCUUGAAGACCCUCUUCAAUGACGCACAUGCUGCCUACAUUGGGUACACCAACCAUCUGAAGUCGAGUUAGGUGCGCGAUGAAUUAGCAGCAGCUCGUUACUUACAUUUGACCACUUGCUUUACGAUCCCUCACGUCCUUCACGGCACUGGCAACGAACUAGUAAUGCUUUCUGUAACAGAAUCUCUAUGCCUCGUACUGUAUUCCGUUUAUUAGCACCCACUGUCCUCUCCUUCAUCAAGUAGUAUAUCUGAUAAUCAUCGGCGCCGCUGGCGCAGAAGGCUCAUCACAAGGCGAAAAUUUCGGUCAAUUCGGAAACGUUAAUUUUAAUGUCGGAAGAAGGAAGAUGUGUCCUAAUUUCUCUUUGUAAUUUUAUGCACC